AUGGCCAAUCCAGAUGAAAGGCGGAUUCGGGGUCUCAUGAAUUUGAUAGCUGGUCCGUCUGGUUCUCGGUUAGGAAAGAAGAAAACGGGGUCUCACAAUUGGUAUCAUAGCGUCAGGGGCGGUUGGUGGGCCAACGGGCCUAGAAAGAGAGCGUUGGACCCCAGAGUAUACGACGUUGGGCUCACUGGUAGGGGCGGUUGGGAGUGUUCAGAGUUGAUAGCCAAUCCAGAUGAAAGGCGGAUUCGGGGUUUUAUAGAUUUGAUAGCCGGUCCGUCUGCUUCCCGGUUAGGGAAGAUGAGUGCAGAGUCUCACACCAACACUCAAAGAUCCAAUCUGGUCAAGAAGCAGUCAGUGACGAGGGAUCUGAUGCAACACCAAGUUUCGGCUGAACAACUUAAUAGUCUGUUUUAUGAGGUUGUUACGUCAUACAAAGGGCAUAUUUACGGACUCGGAUCUGCUCAUCGUUAUUACGGUGAUUCUAUUCCGUCUUCCUCAACUGCCAUCCCUCGUACAAUGAAUUUGGAAACGAAGGUGACUUCGAUUGAAGGAAACAUGAAUUCCAUGGCCACAGACAUUGCUGCUAUUACGGAAGCCUCAAGAAGGCUUUUGGAAGCUAACUGGAUUGAUCCGUCUGUUGUUCUCAAAGCUACAACGGCAACAACAAAUACUACAGAGACGAUGCGGUUUAUAUCGACAAAAACUCAAUCCGGCCAUCUCAUUGUGAAACAUUUACCAAAAGUGUUAGCAAAGUUAAAAGAUUUCAAUGGCACAUUUGAAGAAAAUGAGAUCAAAGCUAUACUGGAUGAGUCUUAUCACAAUCUCAAUGAUGAAGUUGAAUUCGAAACCUUUCUCCGGGCCUUUUUAUGUGUGCAAUCCCGAGGAGGAGGAGGAGGAACAAAAGGUUCAUCGUUUCUCAAGACAAGUACUACAACGUUUCACCACACUAUCAAUGAAUCCGAGAAAGCUUCAUAUGUGUCCCAUAUCAAUAACUAUUUGAGAGAAGAUCCUCUCUUGAAAAGCUAUCUUCCAAUCAAUCCUGCUACUGAUGCUCUGUUUGAUCUUGUUAAAGAUGGUGUUCUUUUAUGUAAGCUAAUAAACAUAGCUGCGCCUGGGACGAUAGAUGAAAGAGCGAUCAACACGAAGAAAGAGCUUAAUCCAUGGGAGAGAACUGAGAACCUUUCACUCUGUCUCAAUUCUGCUAAGGCCAUUGGCUGCACCGUCGUCAACAUUGGAACUCAAGACAUUGCUGAAGGAAGACCGCAUCUUGUACUUGGGUUGAUCUUUCAGAUUAUAAAGAUCCAAUUGUUGGCUGAUCUCAAUCUCAAGAAAACUCCACAACUUGUUGAGUUGGUGGAAGAAAAUCAGGAUGUGGAAGAGCUCAUGGGUCUAGCUCCUGAAAAACUUUUGCUUAAAUGGAUGAAUUUUCAUCUUAAGAAAGCUGGUUAUGAGAAACAGGUCACCAACUUCUCUUCUGAUGUUAAGGACGGAGAGGCAUAUGCAUAUCUGCUAAAUGCACUUGCCCCAGAACACAGUACACAAGUGACCUUAGAGAUCAAAGACCCUUCGGAAAGAGCGAAGAAAGUCCUUGAGCAAGCAGAGAAGCUUGACUGUGAAAGAUACCUUUCUCCUGAAGAUAUAGUGGAAGGCUCUGCAAAUCUUAAUCUUGCAUUUGUGGCACAACUGUUUCAGCACAGGAAUGGAUUCUCUGAUGAGACUUCGAAGACGCCUACCUCUUUUGCUGAGAUCAUCACAGAAGAUGAAGAAACUUCUCGAGAAGAAAGAUGCUUUCGCCUUUGGAUUAACAGUCUUGGUGCUGCCACUUAUGUAGAUAAUGUUUUCGAGGAUGUUAGAGACGGAUGGGUUCUUCUUGAAGUUCUUGACAAAGUAUCACCAGGCUCGGUUAACUGGAAAUAUGCAAAUAAACCGCCCAUCAAAAUGCUAUUCAAAAAAGUUGAAAAUUGCAACCAAGUUAUCAAGAUUGGUAAAGAAUUGCACUUCUCGCUUGUCAAUGUAGCGGGUACUGACAUUGUUCAAGGAAAUAAGAAGCUCAUUCUCGCGUUCUUGUGGCAAUUGAUGAGAUACACAAUGCUCCAAAUUCUGAAUAACUUGAGAUCUCACUGGAAAGGUAAAGAAAUUACAGAAGCAGAUAUUCUGAACUGGGCAAAUAGGAAAGUCAAGAAGAUGGGUCGAACCUCUCAAGCUGUGAGCUUCAACGACAAGAAUCUGUCGAAUGGAAUCUUCUUUUUGGAGCUUUUGAGUGCUGUGGAGCCAAGAGUUGUAGACUGGAGUCUUGUAACCAAAGGAGAAACAGAAGAGGAAAAGAAGUUGAAUGCAACAUACAUCAUAAGUGUUGCAAGGAAGCUUGGAUGCUCAAUUUUCUAGUUGCCUGAGGAAAUUAUAGAGGUAAAUCAGAAAAUGAUGCUUAUAUUGGCUGCGAGCAUCAUGAACUGGAGCCUCCAGCAACAAUCAGAAACUGGCUCUACUGUGUCUGAUGAUGGUGAUGUAAGCUCUGUGACAGAAGAGAUCUCCAAUUUGUCCACAGACGAUGGAUCUUCAGAUGCCCAAGAUGAUGAAAUGUUAAACAAGUUUGAGACUUUCUUAUUCUUGGAUUGAAGUUUAGGUAGCGAAAGAGAAAACAAGAUAAGAGACAAUGUAGCUUUAUUAGAUAUACAAACAGAGAAUCUGAUACAUAUUGUACAACUGUGUAUUUGAUUUGUGGUAAGACAUCGUUAUUGUAGACUCAAGACAUUGUUAUUGUAGACUCUUGGUCACUGUUCUA